UAUUGUAACAUUCCUUUAAAAAGUCUGAAUAGGAUAAUACAAAGAGAGUUGAAGAAAAGAACAACCCAAAGCUCAAAAGGUCCUAAAGGAAAGCCCAUGCCUGUGUUUUACAUCAAGCACAAGUGGGUCUGCCUUCUUACUUUUUCCAUAGCUUUCAGCUAUUCCCAUCAUGAUAUCUUAUCUCUAUAUAGUUUCCCAUCCAACCAAGCGACUAUGUUUUCAGGAACUUCCUUUAAGGAAAACAAGAAACAAGAGUAAAAACUGACAAAGUUUUAGAAGAACUAGGAAAGGUUGUGAAAAAGGCAAUUAGCUAUAAAGAAAGGUGGUGGUUAAAAGUGCAUUUACUUUUUCAAACUUCUUAUUUCUGGACUUUCUUAAGCUGAUUAAGCAGCCAAACUUGGCAGCACUAUUUAAACUGCAACUCCCAAUAAGAGCAAAAGGCCACAGAUUCUAUAUUCUCUCCAACUCAUCAUCAUCCUCUAUCUUCCAUUUUUCUUGCCUUCUUUAUAUACUCAUAACAAGGUACUAGAGCUGGAAUGCUCGUUUUUUCAUGGCUUACAUUCACGUGCUGCAGUUCCUUCUCUUUUUCUCCAGUCUUAGCAUUCUCCUUGCCGUGGCUAGGGGACAGGAUUCAACAGCUUCUGACUGGCUUCUGAAAAUUAAAUCAGAACUGGUUGAUCCUGUUGGAAUGCUUCAAAACUGGUCUCCAAGAGCUCAUGUAUGUAGCUGGCAUGGCAUCACGUGUUCGGAUGACGAGUCCUAUAUUGUUAGUUUGAACCUUUCUGGGUCAGGAUUAUCAGGUUCCAUGUGGAGUGAGCUAUGGCAUGUCACUUCACUUGAAAUGUUAGAUCUGUCUUCAAACUCCCUCUGUGGUUCCAUUCCUUCUGAGUUUGGCCAGUUCUACAAUCUAAAGAUACUACUCUUGCAUUCAAAUAAUCUGUCUGGUAAAAUACCUGCUAAUAUCGGCCUUUUGAAGAACUUGCAAGUUCUCAGAAUAGGUAACAACAUGUUGUCAGGUGAUAUCACGCCAUUUAUUGGAAACUUGACUAAUUUGCACAUUUUGGGCCUCGGCUACUGUGAUUUCAAUGGAAGUAUUCCGGUUGAGAUUGGUAACUUGAAGAAUUUGAUAUCUCUUGAUUUGCAGCAGAACAGGCUCACUGGUUCUAUUCCUGAUAGCAUUCGCGGGAACGAAGAGCUUCAGAACUUGGUGGCUUCGAAUAAUAUGCUUGAUGGCAACAUUCCCGAUUCACUAGGCUCAUUAAGGUCGUUGAAAGUUUUGAACUUGGCCAACAAUAGCCUUUCUGGAUCAAUUCCUGUUGCAUUAGGUGGUCUUUCCAAUUUGGUGUACUUGAACUUGCUUGGAAAUAGGUUGAAUGGAGAAGUCCCUUCUGAGAUGAACCAGUUGGUUCUCCUCGAGGAGGUAGACUUGUCAAGAAACAACCUCUCUGGAACCAUAAGCCUACUGAAUACUCGGCUGAAUAAUCUUCAAACUCUGGUCUUAUCAGAUAAUGCUUUUACAGGAAACAUGCCAAACAGUUUCUGCUUCAAAAGUUCAAAUCUUCAACAAAUAUUUCUAGCCAGAAACAAGCUCUCUGGCAACUUCCCACUGGAGUUGCUCAACUGUUCCUCACUACAACAGUUGGAUCUUUCUGAUAACGGAUUCAAAGGAGAUCUCCCAUCCGCUUUGGACGAGCUUAAGAAUCUAACAGAUCUUGUGCUCAACAACAACAGCUUCACUGGAUCUAUACCUCCUGAAAUUGGAAACAUGAGCAACUUGGAGGGCCUGUAUCUGUUUGCAAACAAACUUACAGGAACUCUUCCAAAGGAGAUAGGGAAGUUACAGAAGUUGAGUGUCAUUUACCUCUAUGAUAACCAGAUGUCGGGAAGAAUACUGGACGAGCUUACAAACUGCACGAGCUUGACAGAGAUCGAUUUCUUCGGUAAUCAUUUUAUAGGGUCCAUUCCUGAUAAUAUUGGAAACCUAAAGGACUUGGUUGUGCUUCACCUAAGGCAGAACUUCUUGUGGGGUCCCAUCCCAUCAAGUUUGGGCUACUGCAAAAGCCUCAAGUUGUUGGCUUUGGCUGAUAACAAUCUCUCAGGAUCUUUGCCUUCCUCUUUGGGGCUCCUUUCAGAAUUGAGCACCAUCACUCUUUAUAACAACUCUUUUGAAGGCCCUCUCCCUGCAUCAUUCACCAUUCUCAAAAGCCUAAAGAUAAUAAACUUCUCCCACAACAGGUUUAAUGGAACCGUCUUUCCUCUAACUGGCUCAGAUUCUUUAACUGCAUUGGAUUUGACAAACAACAGCUUUUCAGGUCCUAUUCCUUCCAGAUUGUCCAACUCCAGAAACUUGAGGCGCCUCCGCCUCGCACACAAUAGACUCACCGGUUAUAUUCCUUCCGAAUUUGGCCAAUUGGAAGAGCUAAACUUUCUCGAUCUAUCACACAACAAUCUCACAGGAGAAGUGCCACCUCAACUAUUCAACUGUAGAAAGCUUGAGCACUUUUUGCUAAAUAACAACAGAUUGACAGGAACUAUCACUCCACUGAUGGGAAACUUACAAGCACUUGGUGAGCUAGAUUUCUCAUCCAAUAACUUCUAUGGAGAAAUACCUGCAGAAAUUGGAAGCAGUUCCAAACUACUUAAGCUCUCUCUCCACAGCAACAACUUAUCAGGAAUAAUCCCACUGGAGAUUGGAAAUCUCAACUCCCUCUAUGUACUUAACCUCCAAAGAAACAACCUUUCAGGCUCCAUCCCACCAACAAUCCAGAAGUGCAGCAAACUGUAUGAGCUGAGACUGUCGGAAAACUUCUUGACAGGUAAUAUUCCCCAAGAACUUGGAGGCCUGAGUGAAUUACAAGUAGCACUGGAUUUAAGUGAAAACCGUUUAUCCGGUGAAAUCCCGUCAUCCAUUGGAAAUCUAUUGAAGCUGGAGAGACUGGACCUCUCUUCAAAUAAGCUCAUGGGGGAAAUCCCUUCUUCACUAGAAAAACUAACAAGCAUACAUAUCCUGAACCUGUCAGAUAAUCAACUUCAAGGUCCAAUUCCUUCAAUAUUUUCAGGUUUUCCAUUGAGCUCCUUCAAGGGAAAUGAUAGACUCUGUGGCCCACCAUUGUUAUCAUGUACAGAGUCAGCUGGAAAAGAAACGAGUAGAUUGUCCAAGGCUGAAGUGACAGGCAUUAUUGUGGCUAUUGUGUUUACCUCCAUGGUUAUAUGCCUGAUAAUGCUGUAUAUUAUGCUGAGAAUGUGGUGCAACUGGAGAAAAGUUUCUGUGUCGAACUCUGAUGGAGGUGGGAUUGAACAUGGAAGAGAAGAGGAGAAAUGGGUUUACAGAAAUGACAAGAAUAUUGGUGAAUACUGGAAAGUUGAUUCCGUGGCAUUGGUUCCUUCUAAGGGUAAGCCAUCUUCAGCGACUAAGUGUGUUUUUCAACUCAAGAUGGACUCGGACUCCAUGUAAGGCAAAGAUACAGAGGUGUUUUCUUUUGGGUCACUCCAAGUUCUCAUUGUUUGUUUUCCCUUUGAAUUGUAAAUGUGUUUAUAGAGCUCUCAUCUGAAACCCCAAAGCUUUCUGAGCUUAUUCAUUACCAAUAGAAUAGACAAUAACAUCGAGGAUAUGAUGA